UGCUGCCAUAUCGAUAUUACUUCUGAUGAAGAUCAUGCCUUUUCUGUUGCAACAAAUAGUUUUACUGAAAGAGAUCUUGAAACACUUAGUCCAACUUCAUCUGAUAUAGAAAAUAAUAUCAAUUUUUUUACAAAAAGUUUAACCGCUAAAGAA